GUUUAGACGUUGCACCGUGUACAUUUCCCCUGAAACAAGCGAACUCAUUCAAGGGUCUGAAGCCGAAGGUUCUGUGUCUAACCGAGAAAGAUGUUUCUGACGAGAUCGGAGUAUGACAGAGGUGUGAACACAUUCUCUCCUGAAGGAAGAUUGUUCCAGGUUGAAUAUGCCAUCGAGGCCAUCAAAUUGGGCUCCACAGCCAUUGGUAUCCAGACAACAGAGGGGGUGUGUCUGGCUGUUGAGAAGAGGAUCACCUCUCCCCUGAUGGAGCCCAAUAGCAUUGAGAAGAUCGUGGAGAUUGACACCCACAUUGGUUGUGCCAUGAGUGGCUUGAUAGCUGAUGCUAAGACUCUAAUCGACAAAGCGAGAGUGGAAACACAGAACCACUGGUUCACUUAUAAUGAGACGAUGACAGUGGAGAGUGUGACUCAGGCUGUGUCCAACCUGGCCCUGCAGUUUGGAGAGGAGGAUGCUGACCCUGGUGCCAUGAGUCGACCAUUCGGUGUGGCACUUCUGUUUGGGGGAGUUGAUGAAAAGGGGCCUCAGCUGUACCACAUGGACCCAUCAGGAACCUUUGUGCAGUGUGAUGCACGGGCCAUCGGCUCAGCGUCUGAGGGAGCACAGAGUUCUCUGCAAGAAGUCUACCACAAGUCCAUGACAUUGAAAGAUGCCAUCAAGUCAUCCCUUACCAUUCUGAAGCAAGUGAUGGAGGAGAAGCUCAAUUCCACCAACAUCGAGCUGGCAACAGUUGAGCCCGGGAAGACGUUCCACAUGUAUUCCAAAGAGGAGCUGGAAGAUGUAAUCAAGGAUAUCUAGAGCAGAGAAGACUCUACAAGUCUUGGUUUGAGAUCUAGACAGAGGAGGAGAGGAUGUAAAUUCACACCUGGGCUGAAUGUCUCAACACAACCACAACUUCUCAUCAGGACAUUUCUCGUCAUCUUUUUCGAUUGCAUACGAGGGUUAUCUUUGUAACGUGAUAAUUGAAUUCUUCUUUCUCACUAUCUGAACAGUCCUGUACAGAAGUCUGACCAACACAGAAAACGGGGG